AGGUUUGUGCGGACAUUUCUGGGAAAGCCUCCAAAGCUCACAUUUGCCAAGGGGGGAAACCUGGGAAGAGCCAGAGCCGCGUUUCCUCUGCAGUCCCAGCGAAGGUCCAGCGAGCCUCGGACAGAGCUGCCUCUCCCUGCCCGCUGGAAAUGAACAAUGCCCGAGGAUUAACGGGAGCUUCAUCAUUUACCAGGGCGCAAAUGAACGGCGCGUUAUGGCGAUGUGACGCAAUCCAAACGCCUUUUGGUUUCUUUGUUUUAUCCUGAACGCCUUAUAUUGUUUUUUUAGAGGCAUUAUCCGGUUUGGGAUUUCUUUUAAUUUAUUUAUUUAAUUUUUUUUAUGAGCGAUGAUCUGCACUGUUGCCCUCCUGUUGAAAGAGCGCCUGGUAUGAAGUUGUGGAUGUAACUUUACGCGCUAUUUAAACUCCUCUUGUAUUCGAUUUGUUUGUCAAAUAAAGAACAGACCAGGAAAAAGGAUUGUCUCCAUCAGCAAAAGGCAUGCUCUGAAAGUAUUUUCUGCAAUCUGGCGGACGGUAUGUCCUCAUCUGGAAUUAAUUGAUUGACAACAAAUGCUCUAAAAGACGCGUCCGCAUCGAAGCUCCGCCAGUGGGGGUCGUGAGUGUUUUAAACCGACUUUAUUUACCAUCUCACCACAGUCAUGCGGCUGCUCUUCCUCCUCGGCGUGACUCUGGUGUACCUGCUGACAUGGACCGAGGCGGACAGGCAGACUCACCUGAAGCGGGUGCGGCUGCAGCGGCGGCUCCGGACGGGACGCGUCCAGCCGGACAAGGAGCGCUCCGGCGCGGCGCGUCUGCGCCCUGGAUUUAACUCGGCGAUAUCUGUCCACGCAUCCAAGACAAGGGGGGGAGACGUGCAGGCUGACGAGGCUGCGAGGACGGGGAAGGCUGCGGGGGGUCACGGCCCGGCGGCCAGGAGGGGAGUGAGGGGACAGCUGGGCCUGCCGCGCCGCUCGGAGCUGCUGCGGGACGAGGGCGCGCCGGGAGCCAGAGCGCGGCUGGCCCGCGGGCCGGCCGGAGCCGGCUCCCCCAACCUGCUGGCCAGCUUCGCCGGGAAGAACCGGGUCCUGGUGAUCUCUGCGCCCCACGAGUCAGACGGCUACUACAGGAUGAUGAUGUCUCUCCUGAAGCCGGACGUUUACUGCGAGCUGGCCGAGAGGCACGUCCAUCAGGUGGUGAUGUUCCACCAGGAGGGAGAGAUGGGGGGCAAGGUGAGGCGCAUCAGCCCGGAGGGGAAGGUGUUCGAGGAGCCGCUGGACACCGCCAUCAUCCCCAGGCUCAUGAGCUUCCUCAAACUGGAGAAAGGUAAGUUUGGGAUGGUGCUGCUGAAGAAAACCCUGCAGGUGGAGGAGAAGUAUCCCUACCCCGUGAGGAUGGAGGCCAUGUAUGAAGUCAUCGACCAGUCACCCAUGAGGAAGCUGGAGAAGCUCCGGCAGAAAGGCUUCGUGCAGAAGUGCAAGGCCGCAGGCGUGGAGGGUCAGGUGGAGGAGGGCACCCUUACAGUUCCUGACACUCCUGUAUUUGGAAAACCAACAAAGAAAAUCUUUGGAAAGUCCACAACAACCGCUGCCACAACUACCACCACAACAACUACACGACCAACAACUACAACCACCACCACAACAACUACACGACCACCAACAACUACGACUACAACAACAACCAGACCCACAACCACCACCACAACAACAACCAAAGCCCCCACUACCACCACCAGAAGAACCACCACUACAAAGAGACCCACCACCACACAGAGACCAACCAGAGCUCACACUACAAUAAUGUGGCUUCCAGCGCCAAGAACCACAGCUGAUCCCUACUACUACCACCCUAGAGAGAGGCACCCGGGUAGACCCACCCCGGCUGGAGACAACCGCACUGACAAGGACAACAGAGAUCCAAACAGAAGCAAACUGGUUCCCGUCAUAAACAAACCCUCCAAGACUAAACCAUCCAAGAAGAAGAAUGGGGCAGAUAAGAUGUUGACUAAGGUGAACGAGGACAAGCACGAGCCUAGCAAACCAACUGUGAGUGAUCCAGAGGAGACGGAAAGUUACGUCAAUGUCAGUCCCACCAAGAAGGUAAAGAACAAGCAUGAUAAGCAUGACAAGAAGAAGAAAAAGGGCGAGAAGGCAGCCAAGAAGGCAGAGAAGAGAGGAAAGGAGGGAAAAGUUGGGGGAAAGAAAAAUGGAAAGAAACUGUCAAAGUACCCAGAGGAAGAGGACUACCUCAAGCCCACAAAGAAACCAACACGGCCUCCAAAGAGCUCCAUGGACUCUUUUCUGGACUACUUUGAGAACAGGAGGCGACUGCUGCUGAUUACGGCCCCCAGUGAGGAGAGCAGCAUGUAUGUUCAGCAGAGGGACGAGUACCUGGAGUCGGUGUGUGAGAUGGCCAUCAGAAAAGUCUCCAUCAUCACCAUCUUUGGCUCCCUGACCAACUCCACCAUGAAAAUCGACCACUAUCAGAUCGAAAAUGACAAGCCCAUGAAGGGUCUUCGACAGGAGGACCUGGUGAACCAGGAGCUAAUAACGGAGCUGAGGAAAGAGUUUGGAAUGACAUAUGAGGAGUUCUACAUGGUUCUCACCGACACCGACAUGAGAGUCAAGCAAUCCUAUGAGGUUCCCAUCGCCAUGAAGGCUGUGUUUGACUACAUCGAUACCUUCUCCUCCCGAAUCCGAGAGAUGGAGCAGCAGAAGAGAGAUGGGGUGGUCUGUAAGAAAGAGGACAAGCCCAGAUCCCUGGAGAACUUCCUGUCCAGGUUCCGAUGGAGACGUCGCCUGUUCAUCAUCUCCGCCCCCAGCGACGAGGAGUGGUCCUAUCAGCAGCAGCUGUACGCCCUGGGCAGCCAGGCCUGCAAUCUGGGUCUGCGGCACAUCGCCAUUCUGAAGCUGGUUGGCACGGAGACGGCAGACAUGGGCGGAGUCUUGGAGCUGUAUCCAAUCAAUGGCUCUGCCACCGUUGAGCGGGAGGGGCUCUCGGCCACCCUGGUGAAGGACAUGAGAAACUACUUCCAAGUCAGCCCAGAAUACUUCUCCAUGCUGCUGGUGGGGAAGGACGGCAACGUGAAGUCCUGGUACCCUUCGCCCAUGUGGUCCAUGGCCAACAUCUACGACCUGGUGGACUCCAUGCAGCUCCGCAGACAGGAAAUGGCCAUCCAGCAGUCGCUCGGCAUGCGAUGCCCCGAGGACGAGUACGGGGGCUACGGCUACCAUCAGCACGGAUAUGAACACGGUUAUCAGGACGGCUAUCACCAGGGUUACGGUUACUAAGCCAACGGCCCGUGACCGUUCCUCGCCUUCCACCCGGCAGUCGGCGCAGAUCGAGUGGGCUCCUUGAUCGUCUUGUAGCACUUAGCGGAAACCUUUAAAACUGCUUCAACCCACCCAUUUCCUUCACAUCCAGUCAGUAGUGGCUGCAGGUAAUGUUCAUGUUCCAGGGUCUUUUGAUCAGAGCUGGUUAGUGCAUGUUCAGGUGAGCCCGGGGGAUGUUUUGUGUUCCUUACGUGUUUUAAGUUUUCAGACAUGCUUGCAUCUCGUCAGUCAUCUUCACCUCUCGGUUAAAUGUACUUAUUCAGAUUUUCAGCACAGACCUUCCUUUACUUUGUAGAUAACAGGUUCAAAUAAGAUGUAUUUAUUGGGCAUCUCUCGCAUUUGAUGUGCUGUAACCAUUUUUUUUUUUUUUUUUUUAAAGCUGUCACAUUAUUUCAGUCUUGUAAAGUUUCUAUUGCUCUACGAUGUUCUUAUUUAUACUUUGUUGGCAAUAUGAUAAAUAAAAAUAUAUGUGUUACUACCA